GGCAAACGCUCCCCAGUGAGGAUCACAGACUCAUCCACCUUAACUACACUGCAGGUUGAUGGAAAACCACACAUACAACAGCUUCCUACUCCAGAUAGAGGGGUAUACAGUCACCAAAGAAAACAUGUACCUUUUCUUUUGCUUUUUCUUAAUUUCCUAUAUCAUUGUAAUGGUAUCGAACGUGGGCAUGGCGAUAAUAAUUUUCAUUGAUAAGAACCUUCAUCAGCCGAUGUAUCUUCUGUUGUGCAACCUUGCAAUCAGUGACAUCAUUGGAAGUACUCAUAUUGUGCCACGGCUGCUCUCAGAUAUCCUGCGUCCUCCCUCUGAACGUUUCAUCACUUAUUUCGAGUGUGUGAUCCAAGCUUUUGUCACACAAUUGUUUGGCACGACCACUCACACUGUGCUCAUUAUCAUGGCCUUUGACAGAUAUGUGGCCAUCUGUAACCCACUGCGCUACACUUCCAUCAUGACCAAUAGAAUGGUGGUCAAGCUGUCGGCUUCUGCCUGGGGAACGGCCCUUUUUUUUGUUUCUAUUCUGCUUGGUCUGACCAUCCGGCUGAGCCGAUGCAGAGCCAUGAUCAGGAAUCAUUACUGUGACAACGCUUCACUGUUUAAACUCUCCUGUGAAAGUGUCUUCAUUAAUAACGUCUAUGGCCUCUUAUUCACUGUGAUCCUGUUCAUGGCUUCUCUUGGCAGCAUGGUUCUCACAUAUGGUAAGAUCACUAUUGUCUGUGUGACCAGUAAGAGCAAGUCUCUGAACAGUAAGGCUCUGAAGACCUGCAGCACUCAUUUAUUGGUGUAUCUCAUCAUGAUCUUAAGUGGAAGUGUUGUUAUUACACUCCAUCGUUUCCCUCAGUACUCAGAAUACAGAAAACUUGCUGCCAUUCUGUUCGUCCUCGUCCCUGGAAGCCUCAACCCUGUUAUUUAUGAUGUACAGUCCAAAGAGAUGCGGAAAUUCUUAAGAGAAUUGUGUAACUCGAAAAAAAUUGGAAAAACUAAAUGAGUCAUUUUGUUUAGUCAUCAAUAAAACAUUGACUUUGAACACUGAAUGUAUAUCUACUUUGUAAAUGUGAAAAUUUAAUGGAAGUAAACGUUGAUUGCUAACUCA